UUUUUUUUUCCUCCUGGUGCUUGCCCUUGUUCUUGUUGAUCCCUUCCCUUCCUUCAUCCCUCCGCUUCUCAUCCCUCCGCUUUUUUUCCCUUAUUCCACCAUGGGCGUCGACGCAGAAAGGACCUUCACCUGGCAAGAGCUCGCGACACACAACACCAAGGGCGAUCUGUUUGUGGCUGUUCGUGGCAACGUCUACGAUGUCACCAAGUUCUUGAAGAGACACCCCGGCGGUGAUGACACCCUCCUGCUGGGAGCUGGCAGAGAUGUCACUCCGGUCUUUGAGAUGUACCAUGAAUUCGGCGUUGUCGAUACCAUCAUGAAGAAGUACUAUGUCGGCAAGCUGAUUACCAACGAGCUGCCGAUUUUCCCAGAGCCGACUGACUUCCACAGGGCCGUGAAGACAAGGGUAGAAGGAUACUUUAAGAAGCAAGGCAAGGAUCCCAAGAACAGACCUGAGAUCUGGGGACGCUAUUUCCUUAUCUUUGGAACAUUGUUCGCCUCGUAUUAUGCACAGUUCUUUGUGCCGUUCGUUGUCGAGCGUACAUGGCUCCAAGUCAUCUUUGCGAUCAUCUUGGGCUUCUGCUGCGCCCAGGUUGGACUGAAUCCACUCCAUGAUGCUUCUCACUUUUCAGUGACCCACAACCCCACUGUGUGGAAAAUAUUGGGCGCGACUCACGACUUCUUCAACGGCGCAUCGUACCUCGUAUGGUUGUACCAGCACAUGCUUGGCCACCAUCCCUAUACCAACAUUGCAGGAGCAGACCCAGAUGUCGCGACUGCGGAGCGCGAUGUUCGCCGCAUCAAGCCCCACCAGAAGUGGUUCAUCAACCAUGUGAACCAGCACCUAUUCGUUCCAUUCCUCUACGGACUCUUGGCAUUCAAGACUCGUUUCCAGGACAUCAGCAUUUUGUACUUUGUUAAGGCCAACGACGCCAUUCGCGUGAACCCACUCUCUCCCUGGCACACUGCCAUGUUCUGGGGCGGUAAGGCGUUCUUUUUCUGGUAUCGUCUGAUCUUGCCAUUGCAAUACCUCCCCGUACGCAAGGUGUUGUUGUUGUUCACGGUCGCGGACAUGAUUUCAUCGUACUGGCUGGCAUUGACCUUCCAGGCCAACCAUGUGGUGGAGGAGGUUGAGUGGCCCUUGCCUGAUGAGAACGGAGUGAUCCAGAAGGAUUGGGCAGCCAUGCAGGUGGAGACGACGCAGGAUUAUGCACAUGACUCGUAUAUCUGGACCAGCAUCACUGGCAGCUUGAACUACCAAGCUGUGCACCAUCUGUUCCCGAACGUGUCCCAACAUUAUUACCCUGAGAUCCUGUUCAUCAUCCGCCAGGCCUGCAUCGAGUACAAGAUUCCAUAUCUUGUCAAGGAUACCUUCUGGCAGGCAUUUUCGUCUCACCUGGAGCAUCUGCGUGUCUUGGGUCUUCGCCCGAAAGCAGAGUAGGGUGACCGUCGUUUUGAACCGACUAUCCUCCGUACAAGCGCGCGUAGUGUUGAAAAGCCCUUAGAUAGGCUCGAUUUAUUGAAGCAUCCUAAAAGACUAACUGUCAAAACCUUGC